AUGGAGAAAAUUUUCUAUCAUUUCCUUCAGGGACUCUUCUUGCUGUAUUUUGUUUCAGCUUCCUCAGCCAUAACCACAACCAAUAUUACCACUGAUCAAGAUGCUCUUCUUGCGCUGAGAGCUCACACCACUGUACAGGACCCUCAUCAAAUCCUGUUAGAAAACUGGUCUGUUUCUUCCCCUGUAUGUCAGUGGGUGGGAGUCACUUGUGGCUCUCGUCACCGUCGAGUAAUUGCCUUGGAUCUUUCGAAUAUGAGUCUUAGCGGCAUCAUGCCACCACAGUUGGGGAAUAUGUCAUUUUUGGUUUCCCUUAAUAUGAGCAGAAAUAAUUUCCACGGAGAACUGCCGCAUGAAUUUGCUCAGUUACGCCGGUUGAGAGUGCUUGACUUAGAUGUCAACAAUCUCGGUGGAGAGUUUCCCGAGUGGUUUGGUUCCUUACAUCAACUUCGACUGUUAUCUCUGAAUAACAACAGUUUCACUGGCUUCAUCUCACCUUCCUUGGCAAACGUUUCUAAGCUAGAAACAUUAAGUCUGUCAUUCAAUUAUCUCCAGGGAAAUAUUCCAACAGAGAUUUUCAAAAUUUCCUCGCUGGAAUUGAUUUUCUUCCAGGGUAAUAGCUUAUCUGGUAGCGUUCCAGAUGAUGUGUGUCGCCAUCUUCAGAGACUCAAGUGGAUUGACCUGUCACGGAACAAGUUAAAUGGUCAAAUACCAUCAAGCAUAUAUAACUGUUCACAACUUCAAGUGCUGCACCUUUCUUGGAAUUACUUCACUGGAUUCAUACCAAGAGGAAUUGGCACUUUGAAGGCACCAGAGCGGCUGUAUCUGACCUAUAACAAUUUACAAGGUGAAAUUCCAAAAGAGAUGGGUAAUUUAACUGUGCUCAAAACACUUGGCUUUGGUGUCAACCACAUAACAGGCGCAAUACCCCAAGAGAUCAGCAAGCUAUGCAAUUUGGAAGAACUCUACUUGGCGUCGAAUAACAUAACUGGUUUCAUUCCGAUGCAGGUUUUUAAUUUGUCACAGAUAAGAACUCUUUCGCUUACAGAAAACCGACUUUCAGGCAAUCUUCCGUCAAGGGUGGGUAAUGGGCUCCCAAAUGUAGAAGAGCUUCUUCUCAACAACAACAAUUUUGGUGGAUCAAUACCAGAUUCUAUCUCAAAUUGUUCCAAACUCAAGAUGAUGACACUUGCUUAUAACAACUUUACUGGUUCUAUUCCCAAUUCCUUUGGGGAUCUAAGACUCCUCGAAGUUCUAGCACUAAAUGGCAACAAUUUAAUGAGUGGCUACUCUUCAUCUAAUUCAGAGUUGAGCUGGUUCAAUUCCUUGGCGAAUUGCAAACAUUUGAGACUACUCGUCGUGAGUGACAAUCCACUUAAUGGCAUCCUUCCAAACUCUAUUGGCAAUCUUUCAACUUCGCUUGAAGAUAUGUAUGCUAUCAAUUGCAACAUAAGGGGCCGCAUUCCGGAUGAAAUUGGUAAUUUGAGUAGCCUGACAAUUUUAAGUAUGUACAGUAAUCAGUUAAGUGGGAUGCUGCCAAUUACCAUGAAAAAUUUGGAAAAGCUGCAAGGGAUAGAUCUUCAAGAUAACAAGUUGAGCAAAACCUCGCUUGAUUAUCUAUGUGUUUUGCAGAACUUGGCUGUACUAUAUCUGGGAGGAAAUCAAAUUUCGGGAUCUCUUCCAGAGUGCAUAGGAAAUGUUACUUCUUUGAGAUAUCUUUACCUAGGUUCCAACCUGUUAAACUCUAGUCUGCCUACCACUAUAUGGAACCUAAAAGAUUUGUUAGAGCUUGACCUCUCCUCAAACUCACUGUGUGGAAGUUUACCUCCCGAGAUUAGGAACUUAAAGGCAGCAAUUUUGAUUGAUUUGUCAAUCAAUGAGAUCUGGGGCGGUAUUCCUAGCUCCAUUGGAGAUAUGAUAAGCUUGCAGAACCUUUCUUUGGCGCACAACAGACUGCGAGGAUCGAUUCCCACAUCAAUUGGCAAGACUUUGAGCUUGGAAUGGUUGGAUCUUUCACGAAAUUAUCUCACAGGGGCCCUUUUACAAACUUCUCUGGAGAAUCCUUCAUUUCAAAUGAGGCACUCUGUGGAGCACCUAGGUUCCACGUUCCCUCAUGCCCAAGUACUUCAAGUGGUCGAUUGA